AUGAAAUUUCCAGAGAUCGUGAGAUCAGAUAAUGCUAAUGAUAAGGAUUGCCCUGGAUGCCCUUGUUUCAAACAGGUUCCUGAAGCCUCUUCAAGUGACAAGGAAGUAUAUGAAGACCAUGAAAAGAUGAUAAGGAAAUUUCCAAAGACUCUAGGGAAGAGGAUAGAGUGCAUUGCCCAGAUAAAGAAAUCAUCAUUUGCCCUUUUCAAGAAGUCAAAGUUCCUAAAGUUUCUGGAGCAGACGGAUCUCUUUGGUGAACCCUUUGUGCAGACUUCCAAUAUCCAAGAGCCUUUUGAGGCCCUGGAGAAAAUUGUUGGCCUCAGAAUUUUUCAUGGCUGGAAGGAAGCCAAUGAACCAGUCACCCAGUGGAAAGCCAUCAUUCUAGAUCAACUGCCAACAUAUCCCUCUCUCUAUUUGUUGAAAUAUGAUGGGAUUGAUUGUGUCUAUGGCUUGGAGCUUCAGAGCGAUGAAAGGAUUUUAAACCUUAAGAUCCUGCCUAAUAAUGUGCCAUUUCCUCAGGUGACAGUCACUCAUCUGUCAAACACCAUAGUUGGCAGAGCAGUGAAACAUACAUUCACGGGCACAAAUGGCUCUAAGGAAGACUGGAAUGGGAUGGUCCUAGAGGAGGUGCCAAUCAUGAAGAUCUGGUUCUAUAUUACCUACAAGAAAGAUCCUGUCUUGUACAUUUACCACCUCCUGGAUGACUACCUUGAGGCAACCUCCACAUCAUGCCAGGCUCUAAGGAGGAGCAACGUCCACAUCAUGCCUGAAUAUCCUCCAGUAGAGGUGACUUUGGAAUUAGGAAGGGAUUCCUUGGCAGGCAAAAGUGUGCAGUACAACAAGAAAGAUGGAACCCAAGAGAUAGGUAAAAUUAUUUGCCAAGUUCCCACCAAACCUUCUGUGUAUUUCAUCAAGUUUGAUAAUGACAUCCAUAUCUAUGUCUAUAAUUUGGUGAAGAACUGUUAA